AUGGCUACAACAUCACCAUCCUUGCCUGAACAGCAACAACCUCAGGAAGUGGUGCCUAAUCCCGAAACUGUGCCGAGCAGUUCGAGGCAGUCUUCAGGAUCUAUCGGGCCAUUUUUUGCAGUCAUCUCCGUGCUAGCGGUUCUCACAGUUAUUUCGUGCUUUUUGGGAAGGAUUUGUGCACGUCGGACAGUGACACCAUUGGAAAGUAUCAGUCAUGGGGACUGUUUUGGCUGGGUGAAGCGAAAAUGUAGUCGCGGCGUGGCCUGUGUUGGAUCAAAAGCAAUGGCUGCUGAAAAAGGAAGCAAUGAUGGUUAG